UUUCAGCAUUUGAGUGAUUUUCUAUUGUAGAAGAAAAAAUGGAGCAGGAGCCGGAAAGUGGUGAAGAUUCUCAUGCUCAAGCUGAAUCAGCAACUGAGGAAGAUACUCCACUUCCGGACACAAUAUCCGAUGAGUAUUACAGUGAGAUCUGCACAAGAGCCAAUGAGCUCAUCCAGACACUUCAGAAUGAGCAGCAAUUUGUGUGGGCGGAUGAAUUCCAGAGAAUUUUUGUUGUAUGUCAAGGGCUGCGGAAGCUACUCAUGGAAGAGCAGCAUAAGAAUGAAGAUCUCCAGCUGGACAUGGUGCGUUGUCAGGAACGUAUUGCAGAGGUGAUGAAAAUUUCACAGGAAGAUCAAGAGAAGAUUGCUCAGCUUAAGGAGGAAAUUGAGUCAGCUUGGAGUCAAACUGAUGCCGCCCAAGCCAGAGAGCAGGAAGCCCAAAAGCAGAUGUACGUUAUGUUAGAUAAGUUUGAACAACUACAGAAGGAGGCGGAAAAGUAUUCAGACGUCAAGGAGGGACAAGAAUUGGGAAAUACAAUGGCAAAACAUAAGGAAGGAAUCCUCCGGGAGAGGGAUAGGUUGUGCAGCGAAGUGGAAGAACUCGGUGCAAAGUUGCAAGUUCAGAAAAUUUACAGCGAUGAUCUCGAGAAGAAGAUUACAGAUCUUGAGAAUAAGAACAAAGAUCUUUACAAAUUGUUGGAUGAAACCUCAAGUGAGGCAUUCAAGGAGAAGCGACUUUUGGAGAGUAUGAAGACUGAAUUGCAAGAUGUGGCAGCGGAACGUGAUCAGUAUGCGGAAGAGGCGAAGCAAUUCAAGACCAAAUACAACGCUAUCCACAAGACCACUAUGCAGCACAAUCUCCAAAUGGCAGCAGUUAAAUCCAACGUUGAGAGGUUGUCGACCCAGAACACAGUUCAAUCAAUGAAAAUAGCCAAACUCUCCGGGGAGUACGACAACAUUGUCCACGUGCGUGAUAAGUUGUCCCACGAUCUCAACAUCAAAGGGAACAUUCUUAAGCUGAAGGAAGAUGAGAACAAUAAAUAUCGUGUGGAAACGGCCAAAUUGGUUAAAUCAAAAGAAUUACUCAUGAGAAAAUUGAUGUCAUCGAGUGUGUCGAAGGUAAUUUCAGAGCAGGAAAUCAGUCGACUCAAGAAGACCAUUGCCAAUUGGGAGAAGGAGUUUGAUUUGCUAAAGAAAACUCACGAUAAAAGUAAAUCUCUCAUUGAUAAUCUCACGCGGGAACGAGAUCUGGUGAGAAAGGAUUUAAUUAAAGCAAAUAGAAUUGUUAGUGAGCUCAGUGAGAAGAUCUUGCUGCAUGAUCAAGAGACAAAGACGUUGGACAGUGAGCUUAAAGCACAUUUAAGCGUCAUCCAAAAGAACAAGGAAGCUGUGAAGAAGGCUGAAAAGGAACGAGACAAAGCCAAUGAAGAACUAACCAUCUGGAUCGCGAAGGAGGAGCGCUUCAGGGAGGAAAUUCAGAAGAAAGUGAAUCAAAUAGCUGAAUUGAAAACCAAAUUGUCCGAAUACGACAAUAAGAUAUUCCAUGUGCAGCAGCUGUAUGAAACAGCACGAUCUGAGCGAUUGAAUUUGCAGAAGGAGAUGCAAGUUUGUGCUGAGGAGCGUGAAGAUUUGAAGAAGCGACUGAGAAGUGUUACGAAACAGGCGGAAAAGGCAAAAGAUGAGCUUGUGAUGCGUGAAGCUGAUCAGGUGAAGCUCCAGAAAAAUCUCGAUAAGGCCGAAAAGGAGAAAGUGGCUCUCAAAACGGAAAUACAGAGCACACUCACCACGUUGCAGCAUAUAAAGUCAGAGGUGAAGGAGAAGCAAAUGGAAAUUGAGAGAAUGCGCAAGACAGUGGCUGAUUCCGAUGCAAGUGUGUUGAAGCUGCAGAAGCAAUUGGAUGCAACGAUGGGGGAGAAAGAUCUCGUGGGUGGGCAACUUGUUGCACGCACCGAUGAAGCUGCCCUUGUGAAUGAGAAGCUGCAAGAUAUGCAACUUGCCCUGGAUCGCAGUGAGACGCAGUACGUGCGACGAUUGGAUGAUAUUCGUCUCCUGAAAAUUGAGAUCAGUGGGCUAAGAUCACAGGUGAAGCUGUUGUCUCGUGGCUUAGCAAAUACAACUGAUAUGCGACAGGAAGUUUUGCAGUUGCACAGAGUUUUGGCACAAGAACGCGUAAAAGCGAAAGCUCUCGAGGAUGAAAUGACCACCCCCAUGAAUGUCCAUCGAUGGCGCGAACUGGGCGGACGGGACCCCGAUAAAAUGGAGUUAAUUGAGAAGAUUCAAGCGCUACAGAGACGAGUUUUGAAGCAAACAAUUGACGCAACGCACAGAGAAAAUGCACUUCAGGAAGCCCACCAAGAGGCGUACAAGCUGAGGAAGGUAUUACUCAAACUUCCCAGUCAUCGUAUUAAAGAGAGACUCAAUUCCACACAGGCGGCCCUCGUGAUGAGAACGAGAGAAUUGAAAUCAGUUGUUGCGGAAUUGCAAUCAAAGGAUUUGGACAUAAAGACGCACACAACGACCUUGGAAGAGGUUAAACAGUCGCUCGUGGAAGCCAAGAAGGAAGCAACAAAGCAGAAGAAAGAAAAGCUAAAGUUGCUGGAAACUCAGCGACUUGUGCAACAAAUUCAGAUGUUGCCACCAACAGUGUCGUGCAACAGAUCAAUGGGAGCUGGUUACAAAAUUGUGUAAUUUCUGCGGUACUAACAAUCAUCAUCUGGGAGAAAAAUCACACUGAAGCACUUGCUCUGGUGGAUAAUUGUAAAAUACCAAGAAGUGGAGAGCUUAUUAGUUGACCCAUAUUAAAUUUAAAUGCUUCAUCGGUGGAUUUCUGUGCAAAUAAUUGCGCAACACUGGGCAGCUUGAGGCAAAUGUAAGUAAUAUAAAAAUAUUUCUUUGAGACAUCAUGCUAUGGGGAGAAGUUACUUGAUCAUGAUGAGAUGAGAAAAUAUAGUUCAAUAAAAUGUGGUUUGAAACCUCUUAAUU